AUGGCCUCAUCGGAGCCUCCCCCCAGACCGCCCUUCUCAUCGCUCCCCCUGGACCCCGACGGUCCCCCCGGAAACGCGUGGGGGCUCUACGGCAAAGACGACCGGCUCGGGGCGCUGAACCUCCUCACGCCCGCCGUCGUGGCGGCGGCGGCGGCGUCCGAGAUCCGCACCGGCGAGCGCGUGUCGCUCGACUGGUCGCUGGACAACCCGUCGCAGCCGAGCUUCGACCGGGCUCCGUUCCAUUCGAGGCUCGUCAACAGGGCGCACCCGAGCGGCGAGGGGAGGACGGUCAACGACGACGUGCUGCACUUUAACACGCAGUGCAGCAGCCAGUGGGACGGCUUCAGACACUAUGGUGAGCAUCUCGUCCCGUAA